AUGUCCGAUGAGUCCGAUCCGGACUUCGAGACAAGGCAAAGGCCGAGGCAACCACUAGCCAACUGCCUUCUGCUGUCGGCGUGCCUCGUCGUCAGCAUUAGCUUCAUCGGCUUGGCGAAGUACAGCAUGAAGGGCUUGUUGGCCCCGCCGGGGCCUCCAUGGACACAGCAGAGCGCUUGGGGCGAUCCCUCCGAGGUUUUUCCCUUCCUGGGUGCUGGACUUUGCCUGGGCAUCAACCGCAGGCAGGUGCCCGCGGCCUUCAACACCACCAACAUCCAGGAGAUCCUCCCUUUUUUCCAGCCGGCGAACGUCGGCACUAGCGGCGUCAGCAGCGAGUGUCAGGCGAGAUGUGCUGCGCGGGAGGACUGCACCGGCUAUGCCACAUACUCCGGAGAUUUUCCUGGGCAUCCGCAAAGCGGCUGCUCCCUGAUCUUGGAGGCCGAUGGCUACCCAGCAGCGGGAGAUGGCAAUCAGAGCUUUCACUGCUUUUGGAGGCACCGCUUUGUCCACAACAGUGCUGGGAUCUACGAUCCGCCCCGCCAGAAGGUGCCCUCGAUCAUUUGGACCUACUGGCAGAACAUGCACAAGGCGGAAACCAACGCCACAGAGCGGCUGAAGGCUUUCCUGAGCUUGUGCCAUCGGUCAUGGAGGCAGCUGAACCCUGGCUGGUAUGUGCGGAUCCUGGACCAGGACACCAUGUGGCAGUACCUCCUCAAAGAGGAUCUUCCAGAAGCCUUCGACCAGCUGUCGAUUCAGCACAAGUCUGAUGCCAUUCGGUUGGCGCUGCUGGUCAAGUACGGCGGCGUUUGGCUCGAUGCCACGACGCUUCUUCUGCAGCCCCUGAGCAUCAUCGUCAAUCAGGUGGACCCGUCCCAGCGCGUCUUCUACGUGAACCGCGGCUUCGACAACGAGGGCAUUAUUGACAAAACGAGGUGGGCCGAGGAUCGCUACAGCGCCGAGUUCCACAUCGAGAACUGGUUCUUCGCAGCGCCUCCCCAGGUGAGCGGAGGGGUUCAAGGGGUGUUGAGGUUCUAA